AUGCACGCAUGCCCUUUUGUUGGGAUACGUCAUCUUGUACGAAAUGGGAAAGACGAAGACGAAGCUCGUGGCGGCCGUGGCCUCGCGCGGUUGGUAGAAGGAGCACGCGUCGCCGGGCCGUCGUGCAGCAGCAGCACGCCACCGCAGGUCGCGUCUGGAGCACGGAGGCCGGCAGCCCCCGGCCGCUCGACCCCAACCGUGCCCGCUCGCGGCAGUGGUCCGCAGCCCUUCGCCGGUCGCCGCUGCAACAGCCCUGCCGGCGAGAUGGCGACCGCGUGGCGAAAGGGCAACUCCGGCGGCUCGCGGCAAGACGGCGGACCAGCGCAGCUCGGCCGUCACUCAUCACAGCGGUACCGGUGCCGGUGCGGCCAGUGUUGCCGCGACGGCUCGCGGGAGAACCUCAAGCGGCCGACCGGUGUGGCGCGCAGCUUCGACGACCUCGAGUCGCACCAUCAGUACCCGCGCUGUCGCAAUGCCAGUCGACACCGGCACAAGAGCGCCACGCGAGGACGCUACGGCAGCAGCCACAGGUUCGGUUCAGACGACUACCGCUGCGUCUCGUCCUCGCCGCCGCCCUCGCCAGCGGGAGACAAGCUCUGCCAGUCUCAUCCGUCCUCGACACAGUUCAAGGUGGUGCUUGACGUGCGGCAGUUCAACCCCGAGGACCUGACCGUGAAGACGUGCGGCAAGCAUGCCGUCAUUCAGGCGGUGCGCACCGAGGACCGCGGCCGCAAGGGCAUCGUCGUCAAGGAGUUCACGCGCCGCUACCUGCUGCCGGACGGCGCUGACUCCGACCGCGUCUCGUGCUCGCUCACCGAGGACGGCUUCCUGACGGUCGACGUGCCCAUGAAGGACCCGCCGCUGAUCGAGAACGAGAGGGUCGUGCCCAUCACGGUCAUACACGGCAGCAGCGGCGUAGGCGGCGGCAUUGGCCAACAGGGCGCCCAGUCGCUAAGCUCUGGACAACAACCGUGCCAGGAGUACAAGAAGAACCAGAACUACCGGAGACCGUCCAGACUCAGUCUGCACUCGGACGACAUUGGCUAAACGAGCGCUCAGAGAUGUGUGCGCCACACGUACUGAUCUCGGUUGCCGGAAGAUGAGCUUUCUCCGCAA